AUGGAUGAACGGAUCUUAGUCCCGACAAGCGCACAACAUGACACGAAACAGCCGCGUCCAUCAAAUCUAGGGCAAGCAGCGAAGACGGAAGCUUCUUACAGAGCGGAUCUCAAAAUUGAUCCGGGAUACAAAUAUGAGCAUACUCUUUCAAAUUUGAAGAGAUUUACAGUGUUGGAGCCCGAAUUAUUAUCCGGCAACAAUCACAAGCUCCGUUGUGAGUUCUGGUGUCUGGGAUGCUCUACGGAGUUUGACAUCCAAUCUGUGGAUUACUGGAUCGAGCACAGCAUCGCUCAUUUCAGGCACUACGGACCCCCAAGACAGUCAAGUUGUGCAUGGUGCAAACAAGUAUUCGGAUCAAACAUCCCGGAUUUGGAUGCCCGAAAUAAGAGCUGGGAGGCUAGAAUGCUUCAUGUUGCUAGCCAUGUGAGAGACAAUAACAUUUCCCCGGCAAGAUUUUUUCAACCAGACUUUUACGUUCUGGAUCACAUGGGAAGCCAUUCGAUUGACUUUCUCCUGUCAAGUUCAGGACUAUUAGAAGAAUCUCGUGCUAUGAGAGAGCCUCAACGAGUGUACGAGGAUACAUAUAGAGGUACCCGAACGACACCACAGGAAGAGGUUUUUAGUACAAUCAUAUCAGACGAUCGCUCAAAAGAAGAGAAAGAAGUAGACAGAGCUGUUGCUGCCAAUACCGAAGCUGCCAAUCCCGAAGCAUUAGCGUAUGCUUUAGUUCGCCAAGAUCAACAAAAUCUUUCAGCAUCACAGAAACUCGGCAAAAUAGCGAGCACGACGAAUAGCAGAAGGAGAAAUAAUGCUCACAGCUCUUUACCAACAAAUGUACUAUUGCCAAACCAAACUUCAAGUCCAUCAACAACUGGAUCCUCAGCUUUACAGUCGAGAAGCACUGUUCGGGCGAGGAUUAUGAAGAAUGCUAUUCCGAAAUCGACAGAUCAGAGCAUGAUUCCUCCACUUGUAGUUCCAGAAGAGAGUAGGGCAUUGCUUUCAGCACCUCGAACGAAUGUAGAAUCUGCAGCUCGGAUAAACAAACGCCAUUUUCUCCCGUCACAUUCAGAAAAAGCGAUAACAGUAACAUCAGAUUGGGAACCUGAUACCACUUCUGAGCUACAAAUGAACGUUACACCUCUCACAGUAUCCUCGGUUCCGCAAUCACACUGGGAUAAGUCAAACGCGGCUGCCAAGUCAAAAGUGGUGCAUGGUUCCUUUUAUCUACUGGCUGGCGAGUUUGUUAAGGUCUUUGCAAAUUCAUUCAUGAACUGGCCAGGAGUGAGAAAUCGAUGUCCUGCUUCCAUUGCUAGAUUAAGUAAGAAAUAUUUUCACCAUAAACUAGGGGCCUCAAUAUCAUUGGCACGCCGCGAGGCUGCUGGACAUAAUUCCUAUAUUGUUUGGUGCUCAGCUCUCUGUUUAUUGUCCGAAAUAGUUGCGAGAAUAGAGUGGCUAUCAUUUUCGACCAACAGGCCCGGCAGGCAAAGUCAAAGGGGCAGCAAGACUUAUAAUGAGCCCAAGACUUCUCCAGAAAUACUGAUGAGUUCGUGGAUAUCACAAGCAGACUUAGCAUAUGCAAUUGCUUUGAUGAAAGAUCUUGAGUUUUGGCAGACAACAAAAUCUGUUUGUAAUUUCUUCGAUCGGGCGAAACAAAUGUACUACGACGGGUCCGCGAAAAUGUUCCACAUAGACAACCUCAUUACCAAUUACGGCAAUUCGGGCGAUAAACGUUCUGUUAACAUUCGACUAGAUAUAGAUUGGAAUCUACGCAAGUUCAUGGCAACACAAUAUGGUGCGGAUAAAUGUCCAAAAAUAGGUUCCAUAGUUGCCGUCACUGGAUCACCCUUAUACUGUGAAGCAACUACGUGUAGAGAAUAUGUUUCCAGAAAUUGGCCUGAAGUUGGCCCAUCCCUGCUGUCACGGCUUCAAGACACUUUCGAUGGAAUUGUUGAACACAGUCAAAUUCAUGAAGGGACUGUGUUUUUACAGCUGUCGGAAAACACAAAGGUCUUAAUUAAAAACACUUCACGAAAAAGUGCUAUUGCCGUAAUGCAAAUCAUGGCCUGGCUUGGGAGCGUGAUGCGGUUCAAUAACAAGGAAGAAGUGCAAAUAUCAACAUGCGAAACAGAGUUUGAUGGAGUUACCUACCACAUGCGGUUUAAUACAUCACGGUUAGUGGAAGAGGAGAAGCUGUGUUGGUUGGGACUUUUCCGGAAUCCAUUAAUCGCGGAUGGAUUCCCGAUUCCCAUCCGUCAAAACGAUGAGGUUGGUCUCGAAGCACCCAUUCAAAUUUUGGCAGCUCUGUGUGGAGCACGCAGCGCGGUUUAUCACGAAGGAGGGCUCGUGUUGAAGGGAUUUUCAACUGCGCUUGUGCCGGUGAAGCAAGAAGGGAAGUCUGUACACUGGCACUUAUUAACGAACGAAAAUGGCAAACGAAUGAAAUACAGCAAGAUUCAAUGGCCACUUCGAUUGCCUGUUUCAGAUUUUGAUCAUGACUCAAUGAUCGCGACCAGAGCUCUUUUGUCCUGGUCUGAAAGCUGUGGAUCCCAGCUUGGCACACAAUCUAUCAAUUAUGGGCUCAUAGGUCUCUCUAAAGCUAAAGAAGCUAGCAAAUCUAUCAGGUUGACGGACUUCCAAUUGGGCUUUCAAAACUUUGGAACUAUGGGACUAAGCUUUGCGCUCGGGGCAAAGGAAACCCCUGUAUUUCCCGGAGGCCAAAGCAGACUUGAAAGAGUGCUCGACGAGGCGGACGAGCUUUCAAUAUGUUUGUACGAUGUUACCCAGAAGCGAGGAUGGUUGGUGUCUGGUACUGAGACCCUCCUUUAUAUGGCUCAUGCCGUACAAGUGCAGCGGCCUUACCAAAUUGCCGGGCAGCCUGUCGCCUUGGAUUUUGCAACUGUGUCUUGCGAUGGUGCUCACUCUUGCCGAAAUGCCAUAAUGAAAAUGGCAUCACGGCCGCUGAGAUCGAACAAAGAAACAGCGACUGAAGAUUACUAUGUGAAAGAUCUAAUAUCUGACUACUAUUCCUACCUUGAGAUUGUGGAGAAGGAUGCAUCCGAAGAACCCCCUGGUGUAGCUAUGAAAUUCAAUUUUCACGAAACUCUUCAGGGCUUCGAAUUAAUGGACGUAGCGCGCAGUAGACACAAAUGGAGGAAAAAGGCGGUGUCCGUGAAAAGCUCACAUGGAGGUUGGCCAGCCAUGGUCAGAAGAGAACAAACACCUGUUUUACUUGGAAGUAAUCUUGGUGAGCUCUUACGGCCCAUUACAAAACUUCGUACGCCAGUGAGGCUAGACAGCCUCCCAGUUUCGAAGGAUUUUCUAGCAAUGACCGUUUGUAGACUCAACAUGUGGUUUGGAAGGACUGUCGGCGAUGAACGGCUGGAGUGUCCCGGAAUCGGCGUCUACGUCGCCUCGAGGAUUUUGGAACGCUGUAAUUGCGACAAGGAUGGAGUUCACACAUGUCCACAUCUACUACGAUUGCUGUCAAAAUCGAACGCUAAAUUACGCUUUCUCUCUCCAUUCAGGGAUCUUACCAAUCGAGGCUGUAUUAUUAUAGGACAAAAUAAAGAUGGACUUGUUCCAUCGAGGGUCAGAGCAACUGCAUGCAAUGAGCAGUCAACUUCUUCCAAUUUGAGUGCAAUCAACAACACCAACAAACCUCGAGCCAGAAACUUUUACGAAGAAUAUCAACCAAUACCGCCAAAGGAUAUCUCAACGACUUCAGUCGAGACUGUGGAUGAGAGUUCAGAGUGCUCUUGGGAAGGAGCUGAAGAAAUCUCCAGUCCACCUACAUCUAUUAGCCACGACGCUAAUAACACAUGCGAAGAACCCACAUAUACACGGGCGCAAGAAAUUCGACCGCGGAAUAUAGCUUCCAAAUAUAGCAAUGAUGGGUUCGAUCGUGGUGUGCAAGUCGCUCCUCAAUACAAGACCCAAGGGACAUACACCAAGAAGCUCAAUCGUCCACUAGCCAAUAAAACCAGAGGGAGGAGGCGGGAACGAGUGCCACAUCAAUUUAUUCCCAGCUAG